UCCAAGUGUACUGCUGUGCUGCUGCUACCAGCCUACCAGCACCUGUCUCGCUACCAAUUAAUCUAGUCAGCAGACGUAGAGAUGGACUACAAAUCUCUAAAGCACACAAAGAAGAAGAAGAAGAAGAAGAAGAAGCUCCAGUAAGAAGAGAGAGAGAGAGAGAGAGAGAGAGCUUAGAUGGGUGGAAUGGAGGAGAGAGAAAGGCUAGUUUUCCUUGCAAAAUUAGCUGAACAAGCAGAGAGAUAUGAAGAAAUGGUGGAAGCAAUGAAGAGGGUUGCUAGAAUGGAUGUAGAGCUGCUGGCAGAAGAAAGGAACUUGCUAUCGGUGGGUUAUAAGAAUGUGAUUGGAUCAAGGAGAGCAUCAUGGCGUAUUCUCUCGUCAAUCGAGCAGAAGGAAGCGGCAAAUGGGAACGAGCAUGCUGCGAGAAUGAUAAGGGAGUACAUGAAAAGAGUCGAAAAUGAGCUAGUGGCUAUUUGCAAUGACAUAUUGUCAAUUAUUGCCAUCCACCUCCUCCCAUCCUCAACUGCUGGAGAAUCUGUCGUGUUCUUCUACAAAAUGAAAGGAGAUUAUUACAGAUACUUAGCUGAAUUCAAGUCUGCAAAUGAAAGAAAAGAAGCUGCAGACCAAUCGCUCAAGGCGUAUCAGGCUGCCACAAGUACUGCGAUGACUGAUCUUCCGCCUACUCAUCCAAUAAGGCUUGGUCUUGCUCUGAAUUUCUCUGUUUUCUACUAUGAGAUACUCAAUUCACCUGAGAGAGCGUGUCACCUGGCUAAACAAGCAUUUGAUGAGGCUGUUACAGAGCUCACUACCCUCAGCGAAGAAUCCUACAAGGACAGCACACUUAUAAUGCAGCUUCUCAAGGACAAUCUUACAUUAUGGACAUCUGAUUUGCCAGAUGAAGGAGGAGAGCAAUCCAAGGGCGCCAAUAUCAAUAUGGAGGAGUAGUUGUGUGCAGAAGCUAAUGGCUCUUUUAUAAAGGGGCCUUUGGCACGUUGCUGAUAUUACUAGUACAGGCUAGCAAAAUCUACAGUUCUUAAAUGAAGCUUUUGGAACUGCUAUUCAUAUUAGAGAUUGGUGGCUUCUUUCUAUGUAUUAAAAGGUUGUUAUCAGCACUUGAAGGUGUCUUUUGUUCUCCUUCGAGUUUGCUUUGCUUGGGUAUAUGUAAGACUGUGCACGUAUGAAAUUAUGAGCUAAGAAUCAACUAAUUUCUUUAGAAAAA